UACAGCAGUAUAGUUCUGCAUAUAAUAUUCUGACGCAGUGACUGCACUGCUCAGGAAACCCUCAAGGAAGUGGGUAUGGCUAGUCAGGCCUCACCUGAGAAGUCUAGAAAAUGCCAGUGUGAGAGAAGUCAUCCCCAGAGCAUCCUUUACCAGAUCCUUAACAAGGAAGAGCAGGAUGAGACCAGAUGGCAUGCCCAGUACUACCAUCCUUGCUACUCGAUAUCAAGUGCUGGCUGUCCCUGUGAGGGCAACAGGAAAGUUGUCCUCAGAACUCCAGAAGUCACCUGCAUGAGAGCUUCUGAAGUGCUCUUAAAAACUAUAACUUUUAUAAGAAACUUGCCCUCUUUUUAUCAUUUGCCCCAGGAGGAUCAGGCACUUCUAGUACAACAAUGCUGGGCCCCUCUCUUUGUCUUGGGCCUGGCACAGGAGUGGGUGAAUUUUGAACUGAAAGAGAUUUCAGUCCCUAGUUUGUUGAAAAAAAUCCUUCUCAAUCAGUCUCUGACAGAUAGUGACAAAGUGGAGAACUCCUCCCUGGGAGCAUCAUUAGCAGACGUUCAGAAGAUGAAGAAUUUCCUGGAGAAGUUCUGGAAUUCGGACAUAUGUGCAAAAGAAUAUGCCUAUUUGAAAGGAAUUAUUCUCUUUAACCCUGACCUGCCUGGCCUAAGAUUUCGUCACUACGUGCAAACCCUGCAGCAGGAAGCCCAGCGCACUCUGAUGGAAUUUAGCUCAAUGAUGUACAACAGAAACCUUGGCAGAUUUGCUUGGAUUCUUGGGCUGCUCACCAGCCUCAAAGACGUUAAUGCCGAGACUAUUGCAGAACUCUUCUUCAGACCUAUUUUAGGAGAGGUCAACCUAAAUGAAUUACUUCUAGAAACCUUGUAUUUCAAGCAAGACUUACUUUAAAAACAAAAUACCUUUUUGUGUUCCUAAAUAACAACAACAACAACAAAUAUAUAAGAGGGGAAAAGGUUUUAUGGUCAAUAUAUUAAAGGUAAACAUAGAUAAAAAUUGACUAACGUAACAUUACUAUGUAUUUUUUGGUAAAACUAAAUGUAAUCAUGUAAACUUCAGACUAAAAAACAUAUUAACUAUCAGUUCAUAAAUCUGUGUGCCAUAUCUGGAAGAGAUUUGUCCUAACAUACCACGAGGAAGUUUGCAAGGUAUUAUCAUCAUCUCCAAUUGCUGUAGUUCCAACUGGGUUAUUUCUAAUGUUCAUUUUCACAACCACUUAAAAAAAGUGUUUCCUACAAGCUGAUUUGGCAGCAAUUUUUGUUUUCAGAAAAACUGCUGAGUUUGACCCUACAAUAGCCAGAUCCAUCUGUUUAUGUACCCAUCAAUCUUGAUCAGUGAUAAAAUAAGGAUAAGCCCUGCCCCUUUGUGGGAUGUAAUUCCCUAAUUCCUAUUGUCUUAAACCAGCACUUUUUUGCGUUUUGCUGCUCCCUUAACUCCAUCCUUUCUGACUCUUGAUCUCACCUCUAGCCCCUCUCCUAGCUCUUCUCCGUCUGAGCCUGCCCUCCACACACUUCUGGCAUCUAUCCCCACCCUCAUAACCCAAAAUGUCCCAUGGCCUCCCUGCCUAAGCUUUUAGCCAAUAUGAAUUACAUGCUUGUAUGGCCAAGAACCUUUGCUGAUAAUUAGUGCUACCCUAGAAACAAAGAACAAAGGGAAAAAUCAUGAGAAAAGCUCAAAGUGUAAAUAUAAGGAGAUAGUUUCAGAGUAGUAGCCAUGUUAGUCUGUAUCAGCAAAAAGAACGAGGAGUACUUGUGGCACCUUAGAGACUAACAAAUUUAUUUGGGCAUCACCUUUUGUGGAUUAAAACCCACUUAAUCGGAUGCAUGCAGUGGAAAAUACAGUAGGAAGAGAUAUAUACACAAAGAACAUGAAAAAAUGGGUGUUGCCAUACUAACUCUAAUGAGACUAAUCAAUUAAGGUGGGCUAUUAGCUGCAGGAGAAAAAAAAAACUUUUGUAGUGAUAAUCAGGAUGGCCACAACACAUUACUGGCAUGAAAAUCCCUAAUGGUGACAAAGUGGAGAGGCCAUGGCUUAUGUACUGAAAAGCCCAGAAUGCUUCAUACUGUUUUUGUUGCAAACUCUUCCAGUCUAAUGUUCCAGCCACAUUGGGUUCUACAGGAACAAAGGACUGGAAAAAUCUGGCUAGAAAUCUGGCAUGCCAUGAGAAAGCAGCAAAUCACCAGAGAGCAUUCUACAGGUGGAAAGAGCUUGAGAUGAGACUAAGGUUAAAGGCCACCAUAAAUGAUCAGCAUCAAGAGAAGAUUGCAUCAGAGUUUCUUUAUUGGCAAAAUGUUCUGAAAAGGCUCAUUGCCAUUGUGAGAAUGCUUGCUACCCAAAACCUAGCGUUGCAUGGCACUUCAGUUCUGCUGUACGUGCCAAACAAUGGAAACUGCCUUAAAAUUGUGGAGCUAAUGGAUGAGUUUGAUGCUGUACUCCAGGAUGAUCUAAGAAGAGUCACACACCAUUACCUUGGAAAAACAAUUCAAAAUUAGAUCAUACAGUUACUGGCAAACAGAAGAUUGUGGCAGAUCUGAAGUCAGCAAGAUAUUACUCUGUUAUUCUGGACUGCACACCUGGCAUCAGCCAUACGGAAGAAAUGACUCUAAUGGUGCAUUUUGUAACAACAACAGAACCUAGUGAAAAUGUCCCUGCAAUGGUGACUGUCAGAGAGCGUUUUCUAGAAUGUAUUGACAUUGAUGAUACUACAGGAGCUGGUAUGACAAAUGUGCUUCUUAAAAAGCUGGAAGAUAUAGGAAUUGCGACAGCUAACAUGAGAGGUCAGGGCUGUGAUAAUGGUGCCAAAAUGAGAGGGAAGAACAGAGGCAUGCAGACACGAAUCCAAGAGUUAAACCCUAGAGCUUUUUUUGUCCCAUGCAGUUCUCAUUCAUUGAACUUGAUCGUCACUGAUGCAGUAACAGCUUCUAGUGAGGCUGCUGAAUUUUUUAAAUGUAAUUCAAAGCAUCUAUGUAUUUUUCUCUACAUCAACUCAUUGAUGGCAAAUUUUGAAGCAACAUCUGGGAACACCCUCUUUGACACUGAAACCACUGAGUGCCACAUGAUGGGAAGGUCGAGUGGAGGCAAUAAAGCUUAUCAAACACCAAACUGGGAAGAUAGAUGAUGCCAUAGUUGCCAUUAUGGAGGAUAAUGCUAUGACAGGAACUGUUCGUGGGAGAACAGUGGCAGAGGGAAAUGGAAUCACCAGAAACAUACAUAACUUCAAAUUUCUGUGUGGCUUAGUGUUAUGGCAUGAUAUACUGUUUGAAAUAAAUGUUGUAAGCAAGAGACUCCAAGGUGUUGCCCUUGAUAUAUCUGGAGCAAUGGAACAACUGGACAAAGCAAAGUCAUACCUACAGUCUUACUGGUCAGAUGAGUGAUUUGAAAACAUUCUGUAGAGUGCACAGGAGUUGGCAGAGGAACUUCAUACUGAAGCUAUUUUCCCACCCAUUCAAGAAUACUAGAGUCACCAGAGAAGAAGACAUUUUGAUUAUGAGGCACGGGAUAAUCCCAUAAGAGACCCCAAACAACAAUUCAAAGUUGAAUUCUUUAAUCAGGUACUAGAUUGUGCAAUACAGUCUGUUGAAGAAUGCUUCAUGCAGCUCAAGGAACACAGCAGUAUAUUUGGGAUGUUGUAUGAUAUUCCAAAACUCCUCACAGUACCUGAAGAAGACCUAUACUAGCAAUGCAGGGCACUAGAGACAGUGUUGACACAUGAUGACAUGUGCGAUAUUGAUGCGAGUGAUUUAGGUGAUGAACUGAAAGCCCUUUCACGAUACAUUUCAGCAGGAUCAACUCCAAAGUCUGUUCUGGAAUAUAUGUGCACAAAUAAGAUGAUCACCCUCUUUCCAAAUGCUUUUGUUGCUCUGCGCAUACUUCUAACACUUACUGUAACAGUUGCCAGUGGAGAACGCAGCUUCUCCAAGCUGAAGUUAAUAAAAACACAUCUACGCUCCACAAUGACACAGGAGAGGCUGGUCGGCCUUGCAACCAUCUCAACAGAGCAUGAGCUGGCCCAGACUGUGGAUCUUCAGGAAGCAGUUUAAAUCUUCGCAACCAAGAAGGCAUGGAAAGCACCACUUUGAUUAUUCAAACAGAUAAAAAUGCCAGUGUUUACUAUGCAGACAAGAAAAGUUACAUUUGCUGUUCAGAUGUUUGAAAGUUAAGUGUUACUUAAAAUUUUUGAACAAGGCAUUUUAAGUUGUUAGUUCUCCUUUAUUGGGGUAGGUAGCAGAGCAGUACCAUGAGAGAAGCAGAACAGGAAGAAGGCAGAAUUGAGACCUUUCAAAGUUUUGGCCCAAGUGAGGGGGUAUGGGGACGUCAUU